AAGUACCACAUUAGUCUCCCCUACACAACAUCAUUGGCCCCCAACUUAUCUCUCUCUCUCUCUCUCUCUACAUUUUGUUGGUCAACCUUUCCUCUUUGUCUCUCACUUUCUCUUUCCCUUCCAAGUCUUUUCCUUCUUUGGUAGAAUGGACUUACAAAUCAUUGUUCCUCUAAAACUACCAUUCUUCUUCAGUUUUUCUAUCUUUCUACAUAACCUUUUCAACCUUUCAACUGUUCAAGUUUUUCACUAAUCCUAUUACCGUUCAUCAAGAUUUGUUUCUCUUUCAUUCUCUCUCACAACCUGCUAUUGACUGAUUUCAUCUUCAAUCUCAAAUCAAAGAGUGACCAUAAGUUCUGGAUUCAAUCCUCAGCUUAAACAAAAAAAAUAUUAAGUCAACCAAUCCAUUGACUCAAUUGAAGCCUUAGAUUUAGUUGAAGUUAUGGAUAAUUCAACUGAAGCAUCAUCAUCAUUGAGUUUUGUAUCAUCUCCUCACUUAUCAAAUGGUUCAAGUAAUAAUACUCAGAACAAUGAACAUGUAGCAAAUAUUGAAAUUGUGAGUUUGAAUAAGUUAAGUGGAAGCCUUGAAAAGUUAUUAUUAAGUGAUGUUGAUUAUGAUUAUUGUGAUGCUGAGAUUGUUGUUGAAGAAAUUCCGGUUGGUAUUCAUCGAUGUAUACUCGCGUCACGGAGUCAGUUUUUUCAUGAACUUUUUAAGAAAGGGAAAGAUGGAAAUGUGGAGGAAGGAAAGGGAAAACCAAGGUAUUACAUGAAAGAUUUGGUGUCUUAUGGUAGUAUUGGAUAUGAAGCUUUCAUUGUUUUCUUGCAUUAUUUGUAUACUGGAAAGUUAAAGGCUCCACCAACAGAAGUUACAACAUGUGUUGAUGAAGCUUGUAUUCAUGAUGCGUGUCGUCCGGCUAUUAAUUAUGCUUUGGAACUUAUGUAUGCUUCUGCCAAUUUUAAGAUGAAAGAGCUGGUUUUACUUUUUCAGAGGUUUCUCCUAAACUUUGUUGACAAGGCUCUUGUAGAAGAUGUCAUUCCUAUUCUUAUGGCUGCACAUCACUGCACCCUAGACCAGCUUCUCUCUCCUUGCAUUCAGAGAGUAGCAAGGUCUGACAUGGAUAUUAUAUCUUUGGAAAGAGAACUUCCUUAUGAAGUUGUGACUGAAGUCAAAUCGUUCCGAGUCCAAUCUCUUCCGGAAUCCUCUCCCGAUGCAAUGGAAGUGGAACCUGUGAAUGUGAAUGAUAAGAGUGUCAGGAAAAUCCUUAAAGCAUUGGAUUCUGAUGAUGUUGAGUUACUGAAGCUUCUUUUAGAGGAAUCUAGUGUGACUCUCGAUGAUGCUUGUGCACUACACUAUGCCUGUGCACAUUGUGAUUCUAAGGUUGUUCAAGAAGUUCUUACUCUAGGAUUAGCUGAUAUUCUCCUUAAGAAUCCGCGCGGAUACACAGUUCUUCAUGUCGCAGCAAGACGAAAGGAUCCAUCUAUUUUGGUUGCACUGCUGAAGAAAGGUGCCUGUGCAUCAGAAACAACUCUUGAUGGACAAACUGCUCUUUCGAUUUGUCAGAGAUUGACGAGGCGAAAGGAUUAUCAUUUGAAAACAGUGCAAUGGAAGGAGUCUCACAAGGAUAGGCUUUGUGUCGAUGUACUUGAAAGAGAAAUGAGAAGAAAUUCUAUGUCAGUGAACAUGGAAGUUUUGUCACAGUUAACUGCUGAUGACUUGCACAUGAGACUGGAUUACCUUGAAAAUAGAGUUGCAUUUGCUAGGUUGAUCUUUCCUGCUGAGGCUAGGGUAGCCAUAGAGAAUGCUGAGGCAGAUUCAACGUCACUGUAUGCAACUUCAUCACUUUUAAAAGGCAACAUAAAAGAAGUAGAUCUAAACGAAACUCCUUCUGUUAGAACAAGAAAACUUCAAUUAAGAUUACAGUCCCUUGUAAAAACAGUUGAGAAUGGCAGGCGGUUUUUUCCGCAUUGUUCGGAGGUGCUUGAUAAAUUUCUGGAGGACGACAUGCCGGAUGUUUUCAUCCUAGAGAAAGGCACUGAAGAAGAGCAGAGAACAAAGAAAGCACGGUUCAUGGAACUUAAAGACGAGGUGCAGAAGGCCUUUCACAAAGACAUGGCUGAAAAUAACCAUUCGGGUUUUCAUUCUUCGUUGUCUUCUACAUCAUCCACAACUCGUCGGGAAAGUCUUAACCACAAAGUAAGGAGAAAAUGAAGUCCAUAAGUUGCUAUUAUAAGUUUUGGCCUUUUUAAGUAGUUUUGCAACUUGUUGUAACUUGUAAGUAGCAGCGGUAGCAUGUUUUGACAAUAAGAUGCUAUGUUGCAUGUUAAUUGUUUUACAAAUCAACAUGAGAUAUUCUUACUAGCUCAAUGUACUUGUUUAUAAUCAUGUAAUAUAAGGAACUUAAUUGAUUACCUAGAAA